AUGUUAAGACAAACAAAGAAUAACAAACCAUUGUCACAACACGUGGGAAAUGUCUGUCUUAUAUAUGGAGAACGGUCCGUGUUAACGGUUCGGCGACGCCGGCUUGCAGAAGGUACAUCAGCAUCAGGCUCUUCAUCUGCCGAUCGUUUACGCGACGUUUCAGCAGAUGCCAUUGAUACCGCCGAUGUUUCUGAACUCAUUACAACCGAUUAUUUUUGA